GAUCGACCAGCAUCUAGGACUCCCCUCCCCCACCUGAUAUGUAAUCCCCUCAAGAAAGGGCCAUGCCUCUGAUAGAAGCAUUUUCUUGCAUACUCGAUAUCCCUCACAGAAGAACUCCAUGAUGGAUUCUAUCGCCAAACCAUCACCUACAGUACCAAGGCCUCUCUCGAAAGAUGAGAGUGCCAUCCCUACUGUCAUUCAGACCGAGGAGAAGUCAUUCCACAGGAACAACCACUUCUCAAUAAGCACCUGGUCUACCUUCGAUGACCUGGAGAAAGGUGGUCUUCCUGAGCUGCCUGAAAAGAGAUACCCUCGAUUUCUCCGCCAUGCCAGACACACCUUCUUCAACGUCUACCGACGACUCUUCAGCAUCGUCUUCCUCUUCAACCUGAUCGGUCUUGCAGGCCUUCUCUCCCGCAACUCGGACUGGUACAGAUCCCCGCCUCUCGCGCACUUUGCAACGGCAGCAUCAGCAAACAUCAUGGUUGCCCUCUUGAUACGGCAAGAUUACAUCGUCAACGCCUGCUACAAGAUGACCUGGCUGGUUCCUCUCUCAGCGCCUCUGCGGCUGCGACGAAUCUUGGCAAAAGUCUAUGAGCAUGGCGGCGUCCACUCUGGCGCUGCAGUCUCGUCCGUGAUGUGGUUCUGCCUUCUCACCGGCUUCGUAACUCGAGAAUUCGCCAUCAAUCAGCUGCGGGAUGCGGGUCUGAUGACGUUCACCUACAUCUUGCUCUCGUUAUUACUAACGCUUGUGGUGACCGCAUAUCCUGCCUUCCGCUUCAUGUCCCACAACACGUUUGAGAGCGUUCACCGCUGGGGCGGUUGGUUUUCGCUCGCGCUCUUCUGGAUCGAGCUCAUCCUCUUCGGUCGCACCCAAGCCCGCCUUCCUGGUGCUGAACACCUGGGGAUUAUUCUGAUCAAGCUCCCAGCAUUCUGGUUCCUGUUCGUCUCCUCCCUGCAUGCGAUUCUCCCCUGGCUGCGCCUCCACAAGAUGCCAGUGCAGCCCGAGGAGCUGAGCGGCCACGCCAUCCGCCUGCAUUUUAAGGAACCAGUGCCUCUCUUCGUCGGGGUGCGCAUCUCCGACGCACCGCUAAAGGAAUGGCAUUCCUUUGCCUGCAUCCCGUCACGUGAUGGUGGAAAGUCAGGCGGCAGCGUCUUGAUAUCAGAUGCUGGGGACUGGACGCGCAGGACGAUAGCCAACCCGCGGCCUUACUAUUGGAUCAAGGGUAUCCCGGUGACGGGUGUGCUCUGCGUGGCGCGCAUCUUCCGCCGCAUUGUGAUCGUCACUACGGGUUCUGGAAUCGGCCCCUGUCUCGGGGUGAUGCAGGACAUCCCCCAAACGCACUGCCGAGUAGUCUGGAGUACCCCGAACCCAUACGUCACAUAUGGCGAGGGUAUCGUGAACGCAGUCACGGAUGUAGACCCGCGCGCAGUGAUCUGGGACACGCGGAAAGCAGGACGACCCGACCUCGUGCGCAUGGCGUAUGAGCUGUACAAGGAAGAGAACGCCGAGGCGGUCUUCGUCAUCAGCAACCCGAAAUUGACGCGCAAGGUGGUCUAUGGGAUGGAAAGCAGAGGCAUUCCGGCAUUUGGGCCGAUUUGGGACUCAUAAGGUUUUUUGUUUCAUGACUGGAUGCAUGGAUGGCGAUGGCGCGAGGAGUCUUGGAUCUCAAGAAUCGCUGAUGAGUAUGACUUUUAUGUGAAAAAUGUGUGCGAUGUGCGAUGAGCGAUGAGCGAUGAAAGUACGGCGUUUAUGACCCUGUAUGAAUUUCUCUCAAUAUAUACCACUUGAUGCUCAACCUACUAUUAAUUCCGC